AUGUCCCUCCAUCAACCGUCUAUAUUUUUCGACGGGACCAUGGAUUCAUGGUUUCAUUUUGAAUGUUUCUGGCAGAAUCUGGCUCAUGGCCGCCACGAAAUUAACAUAAGUUCCAUCAAAGGAGUAGACUGGUUGCGUUGGGAAGAUCAGGAGAGACUUCGUGAUCGUGUUCAGAAGUUUAGAGACCCCCAUUUUCCUCCAAAACUGUAUUUCAAUACUGUAUCCUUAUCAGCACUGAAAACAGAUAAAUCAGCAACGAAUCGGGGGAAAUGUGUCAAAUGCGGCGUUAACUUUGAAAAGGACGAAAUCAAGGUCAUCCACAAAAGCAAGAACUUGCACUUCAAAUGCCAUCUGGAAGGAUUCGAAAAAGUUGAGGGAACUCUGAAUGAUGUCCCUGGUUGGUCGGAUUAUGAAGAUUGCUGGAAGAAUCGUGUAUCGGAGAGCUGUUUGGAAAUAAUGAAAGCCAAAGGACCAGCAGAGCCAAAUCAGCCAAAGGUGGUGCUAGUCGUCGAUGGAAUUGAAGAAGGCAACUUAGAAACGACACCUGAUUCCGCUUCCAAGGUGACUACUACUAUUCAAGCUUCAACCACUGCUUCGUCUGUAGUUCUUGAUGAUGACAAGCUGCCGUUGCCAGAUGUACCGUCAACUUCCAUCGCUGGACAAAAACGACAUGCCGAACCGGAGAUCAUCAUCCAAGACGAAGAAGAAACGGAUGCAUCCAAGAAGAGAAGAUUGGCAAGAGAGACCAAGAAAGCAGAGCUUCAGAAAGCAAGGAUGAAGAAACAAGCAGAUCAGUUGUGGGCGUGCCGUCAACUUUUCGAGAAGUUGAGUGGAUCAGAGAGACUCGCAGUGCUGCAAAUAAACGGUCAGGAUAUUCCGGAAGGACAAGAUCCAACUGCACUGGUGAUCGAUCGAUUGGCUGAUAACGCUACGUUCGGAGCUCCAAUCGGCUGCCAAAAGUGUAAAAAUGGAAAAGUGGUGUACAACUCGUCUCGUCGAACUUAUACCUGCACGGGAUAUGCUACUGAGUACUCAAAGUGCACAUUCGAAACGAAAAAUCCUAUCCGUACUCCAUUUAAGACAACUCCUCGUUUACUCGAAAAGUGUCAAGGAAGCGUUUUGUUCAAUGUGAUGUGUGAGCGUCUAUACAUUGAUGUUGAGGAAGCAGAGGAAGUAGUGAAAGUGGAUAGGCGUAAAUCAAAAGGCGGAGUCCGCGGGGAACAGUUCAUUUAUGCUGCUGAAGCAUUUGACAUGAACAAUCAUGUACCAAUAAAAAUCAAUGAUCUCACUUCGACUAACACUCACAUCAUCAAAAAUGGAACAGUCGUCGAUGCUAAGUUCCGAUAUGCUGAUAGGUGCCACGUUUAUAGAAGCGAAGUGGAUGGUGCACUCUAUCAAGCAACGCUCUCAUUCACAGAUCUCACACAAAACAAGAAUUCGUUCUACAAAAUUCAGCUACUCAAAGAUGACACCAGAGAAAUAUAUUACGUAUUUCGAUCAUGGGGAAGAGUCGGUACUGAGGUUGGGGGCUUCAUGGAUGACUCUUUUGCAAAAGAAGCGGCUAUCCAGAAAUUCGAAGAAAUUUUCCUCGAAAAAACCAAAAACGAAUGGAUGUUCCGCAAACAUUUCCGUAAGAUGCCUGGAGCUUUCAGCUUUGUUGAAACUGAUUAUUCGGAGUUUGAUCAACUCAAGGAGCAGGAUAUUAUUCCUGGUUCUCGAACACUUCUUCCGAGAGCUGUGAAAGAAAUUGUUAUGUCAAUUUUUGAUAUUGAGAACAUGAAAUCAGCGUUGAAGUCAUUUGAAAUGGAUGUGAAUAAGAUGCCACUCGGUCGUCUUUCCCAUAAGCAAAUCAAUCAAGCUUUCGCUGUUCUCAAUGAUCUCAGUGACCUCCUCAUUGAUGUCCCCGUCGAUGAAGACCGUAUCCUUGAUUGCACCAAUAAGUUUUAUACAAUUAUUCCUCACAACUUUGGAAUGAAAGUUCCCGAGCCAAUAGAUAGUUUCCACAAAAUUAAAGAAAAGAACAAUAUGUUGAAUGCGUUACUCGAAAUCAAGUUUGCAUAUGAUCAAAUUUGUGGUGGAGAUAGUACACCAACGGUAACAAUUGGCAUCGAUCCGGUCGAUGUGAACUAUCAGAAACUGAAAUGUAAAAUGAAUCCAAUAGAAAAGGGAUGCAAUGAAUGGAAAAUGAUUCAGGAGUAUAUCACCAAUACAAAAGGGUCCACUCAUAAUAUCAAAGUUGAACUGAUGGAUAUCCUGAUGGUUGAUCGAGAAAAUGAGUCAAACAAGUUCAAACGACAUAUAGGCAACCGAAAGCUCCUCUGGCAUGGUUCUGGAAAAAUGAAUUUUGCUGGUAUCCUUGGUCAAGGCCUUCGUAUCGCCCCACCAGAAGCCCCCGUGUCUGGCUACAUGUUCGGAAAGGGCGUAUAUUUCGCGGAUAUGUUCAGCAAGAGCUUUUUCUAUUGUCGAGUGAACGCUUCGAAAGACGAAGCAUAUCUUUUGCUGUGUGAUGUGGCUCUUGGUAAUAUGGCGGAGAAAAUGGAUGCAGUAUCGGUGACGAAGAAUACGCUGCCCAAAGGAACAUCAUCUGUUAAAGGAAUAGGUCGUGAAUGUCCCAAUCCGAUUGGAGAUUACAAUCAUGCAGACGGCUAUGUCGUUCCAAAAGGUCCAACGCAUGUUCAACUUACUGGGAAGCAUGGAACCGACUUCCGCCUGCUUUAUAAUGAGUAUGUUCGAGAGAAAUGCUUCUUGAAUAGAAAGCACCUAACUAUCAAACAUUACAGAUACAUUGUGUACGAUGUCGAUCAAGUUCAACUGAAAUACUUGGUCCGUGUCAAAUGUCUCCAAGCAUGUAAUAAUAUUGCUCGACAAAUCGAGUCAAUCAUGGGUCGUAAGAACAAGACGAAGCUUCUAAAGCACGGCAGUCAAUCUCUGAAUGCGUCAACGAUCAUAGAAAGUGACGGGCGAUCAUCAUCGAACGACAGCCACCAAGUCGAAUUCGAAGCAUUGUCAUCCCAGUUGCGAGAGUUUGUAACAUCAGGCUCAAGUCCUCAUACACACAAAGAUGUGGCAAGGCUCUAUUCCUCACUGGAAAAAAAAGACGCCGAACUGAUCGUUGCUAAGCAGCUCAUCAAGACAUUAAAGGCAACCGCACCAGCUGAUCACAAUGGAGAUGGUGAUUCGUUGUUCACAAUUCGCGAAGAUAAUCUCUCCGAAUCUGCGAAUGGUCACAACUGCACCAAUAUCAUUGAAGAGUUAGAUCGAGUCACAAAACAAAACGACGAUCUAGUAAAGGAACGUGAGAAGCUUGCAGACCAACUGAACGAUACGGAAAACCGGGCCAUUCAACUGGAAGGUAAUCAAAUGAUAUUCUGUAAGAUAUUUCACAUGAGAAUUUCAGUCGAAGUAAAAUCACUUGAAGAUAAUCUUGAUCAAACCAAUAGAACUCUCGAAGAAGGACGUCAAACAUCUGAAGCGGUUAUCGGAGAGUUGAAGAAAUCUUUGAUGAGUGCCAGUCAAACUGUUGAAACACUUCAAUCAGAUAUUGAAGCUCACAAGUCUUCCUAUAGGACUGUUUGCUCCGAUCUGGAAAUUGUGAGAGAACGAUCCGUGAGACUGGAAAAAGAUAUGCUUCAAAGCGUUCACUUGCAAAAGGAAACGUCUGAUAAGCUCGAGCAAGCGCAGCAAGAGAUAUCGUCUUUGAAAGCAGCUAUGGUGAAGCAAAAUGUAGAUUUCUCAAAUUCCAUGAAUCAGCUGGUAGUCGAUCGCGAGAAGUUGGAAACUCGCUAUGACAGAAUCAAUAAUGGAGUCCAACUUAUCAAGAAAGACUUUGACGAAGUCAAGAAAAAUCUAGUUGAAUCAAACGGGAAAAUCAAAGAGCUCCAACAACAACUGGCUUCUUCGAAGGCGGAUGUUAAACACUAUCGCGAUAACGAGGAAGCUUGCCGAAAGUACAUCAAAAAGCUUGAAGAAAAUGAUCACGCAGCAGAUGCCCUUGCAAAAGAAACCAUUCUUGAGCUUCAGGAUAAGUACAAACUGCAAACGGAGAAGAUGAAACUAGCUGAAGAUCAGUUGUCGAAAAAAGAAGAUUUAGAAGCUUCGUUGGUUAAGGAUUUGCAAGAAGAAUUUCAAUUCAAUGGUAGCAUCGACUUGGUCAGCGCUGUAACACAACUUCGCGAAAAUUUCAAAAAAGAACAACGGAAGCAAGUUUUCCAGUCGGCCGCUCUCGAAGGAAAGGAUGUUGCCUACCAGAAGCUUCUCAAACAGAACAGUAGUCUCCUAGAAACUAUUAGCAAACAUGAUGCCCAGAGAAGCGAAGUUAUGGAAGAAGAGAGGGAAAAAUUCCAGGAAGAGUUGAAUGCUUUGAAGAAAGCCAACAGAAAGCUUAAGAAGGAGAAAGAUCAUUCAUUGAAAAGAUUGAAAAACCUUCUGACUAAAAAUUCUGAUCUUCUUGAUCACAGCAAAGCUCUAGAAGAAAAACUGAACCAUUCUGCUAGCAACGAAAGUAUGUCCUCCGUCAAUUCUGAAACACUCGAUUCGCUCGAAGAUUCUAUCAAAAUUUUGAAAUGUACCCUGGAGAGCAAUGAGAACAAACUUUCUGAAGUUUCGAAACAGCUCGUCCAGAAAGAAGAGGAAAACCUCGAUCUCCAUCGGACGGUUGUUGCCUACAAAUCCAAAAUCGCAGGUUGUGAACAGGAACACAUCAAGUCCCAGAAACAGGUUUCGACAAUGGAGUGUAGAUUGGCUGAGCUACAACGAUCUUCGGAUUUACAACUGAAACGGUAUGAAGAGGAUCUGUCAGCCGUCCGCGAGAAACUCGGUUCUUCCGACGCUGCUCUGGAAGUCCAGCAAGAGCUCAAUUGCAAACUUAGCGCACAUACUGAGGAACUUAAGCAGAAAUAUGAUGACGAAAGUAAUAGACUCGAAAAGGAAGUCUCCGAACUAAUGGAGAAAAUUGUUCUUCAAGAAUCGCACAAGAAACAACAAGAUGCUCUCAUUUCUGAUGCUGAAGUGAAGAUCUGCGAGCUUUCGGAUAAAAUCAAGUCACUCGAUGCUCAGUUGAAAACGAUUCAGGAAAAGUUGGACGAACAACAGAAGUUUAGUCAGGAAAUCGAAGAAGGCAAGAUGAAAGUUGAAGGAGUACUCUCGAGUACCAUGGAAGAGAAACAGAAGUUGCUGGAAGAAACAGAGCGUCUAACGAAAAAACUAGAAGAGUUCGAGGAAUCGAGAAAAGAAACAGAAUCAGGUCUGGCGGAAAUAAACCAUCAACUUGCGAAUGAAGCCGAAGCUCUUCGAACUCAAAUUAUGGCACAGGAUCUUAAGAUUGAAAAGCUAUCAUCUUCAAGAGAUAAAGUUGUAGAAGAUCUGUUCAGACAAUUCGACCAAAAAGAGAAGGAGUACGAAAAAUUGUUGCAGUCGGAGAAAGCUAAGUUCGAAAUCCUCGGGAAGAGGUUGGAAGAAAAAACUGAAGAGUCGUCUGAAAAAGUGCGGCGCUUGAAGGAGAAAGAGAUCACGAUAGAGGAGUUGAAGGUGGAAAAAGAGAAGACCUUAUUGGAAACACAAGAAAAGGUCCAACAGAAGGAGAACGACCUUAUGAAAAUGGUUGCCGAGAAAGCAUCACUGGAAUCUCAGAUUGAAAGUUUCAAACUUUUGGCUGAAGACAGGCAGACAGAGAUCGAAAAUCUAAUUAAAGAAAAACAUGAAUUGGCCCUGAAGCAACAAAAUUCGGAGACUGAGAUGGCAAAAAUCCACAAAAAACUCCAAGACGCUUUGUCUCCAAAGAAGGACAAAGUUCUGCAACUAGAAAACCGCUUGGAAGUCAUCCAAACUGCCGCAAAGGCCCAAAACAAGCGUUUGGAGGAUGAACUUUCUUCGACGAUGGCAUUGCUUCAACUCAGCACUGAAAAAACUGAUUGUCUUGAAAAAAAAAUUGUUGAGCUCCAACAGCAGACAGAUGAGCUACAGCAGAAAAAUAUCGAGCUGGACGCGGAACUGGCAAAAUCAACUCGGUUGAAGGAAGUAGUUGCCGAUUUGGAAAAAAUCAACAAGGACAUCCAAGUUGAAAAUGCUGAGGAACGGACUGGCCUUGUUAACGAACUCAUUGAUGCUAAACAGAAACUAGCAGAAUGUGAGACACAGAUUAGUGAUCUUCAAAGUCACAGCAUGGUCCGUUCGGAUCAAACUGAAGUUAAUCAAUUCAAGCAGACCAGGCUCUCGGAAAUGCACACCGAUACACUGUUUCCUUCAAUGGACCCAGCUGUUCGUCAACUUGUGAUUCUUCUUUCUCGGAAUCGAAACUACUCCUAUGGGGUUCUUGGUCUUGUCAUCUACGGCUUCCUCGUCCAUCUCUACAUUCUUUGUAAAUAA